GUAUUCUUUUUUCGGUAGCGAUUCUUCGUCGUCAUUAUCAUUUAUUUUUUAUCAUUCGUUCACUCAUUCAUCAUAUUCAACGACGAAAAUUCGGGGCAACACCUAUCGUGAUACAAUCGUACACGUAUUCGUGUGUAACGAUCGUAUUUAAAUAUUACAACAUUCACACUCGUGACUCAGCUUUAAAUUACGCAUCGGACCUUACUUUUUUGACUAACAAAUCGUAGUUUGUUUCGACGGUUCGCACGUCAUAAUCGCUAACAUCGUUGCUGUAGUUAAUCGUCCUUUCUUUUACGAAGACACCGCGAGUGAUCUUCAUGAAUCAUACCAGCCGCGCGGGAGAUAAAAAAUGGUUCGCGAGAACCGCAGCUUCGUGCAGGAUUUUAAUUUACGUACAAAAAAAUAACUCGAUCGGAAUCAUUUGUAUCGCCGAUCGCGAAACGAUCAAUCGCCGAUUACAAUUUGCCGAUUCAAUUAUACCGCGAAAGUUCGAGGUGUGCGUACAAUUUUCAUCUGCGCUUCAACAUUUCGAUCGGUGGCAGAGUCUCACCGGUAGAUGACGGCGUGGAUCGUAUUUCCCAGAGCAGAGCGAAGCGCGUUAUUGGAUUUUUUGAAUCACCGCCACUUAUAUCGUAGCAACGGAUAGACACGCGGCGUAUCCGCAACUCCCGCUGCAGACGUUUUGAAAUUGUAGAAAAUUUUCACGCUAUCUCCAGACAACUUUCCACUCGUAAUUACGAGUAGGGGAGAUACGGAUAAGACACUCGUGCGAUGGGUUCUAUUUGAGCUGCCCUAUAUUUUCACGGUUCAAAACGCGAACGGAUCGCCAUUGCGGCUGUGAUGUUGCACGAAUUAACGAUCCACAACCAUCGACUUCGUCACAGAUCGACAUAAUCAUAUAGCGUGGCGCGACGAUAUAAUUAUUCCGCUUGCGGAGAUCAGCCUCGGGAAAAAAGAUAAGAGAAUAUGACUGACGGCGGAUGUCGUACGUCUUCAAUUUUGUUUGAAUUAUUUCGAUGCAGUUUCGAAAGCGGUGGCGGGUCCGGCGGCAAUAUUGAUACAAGCCAAAGAUGCGACGAGGAAUUACAAUUUUUUUCGAUUUUGACAAGGGCAGUCGACAACACGGCCUCCAAAGGGAUGGAAAUCAAAUUCAGGUCCAUCAUGGAGGGGAUGAGGACGCAAAUGCCCCACGGUAUCCCGGCUCUGGAUCUGCCCCCUCUCGAGCCCCUCAGAGUUUCGCAUUACGAGAUGAACGCGUCGAGUUCGGAAAUCGGGCACAUUACCAGCUGCUUGGAUAACGUGACGAUAUCUUUAUUAUCUACCUUCGAGAUUGACCAUACGAAAAUUUCGCUCGUCGAUGGACUGAACAUCGCGGUCAACGUCUCCGUACCAAAGAUAAAAGCUGACGGCCUCUACAGAAUUACUGGGAUAUUCGGUACCAUGUUCGGCGUGAACGGUAACGGACCUUUCGAACUUGAAGUGGAGGGAGUUCGCGCCUACGUCCACCUCGUACUCGGUUACUCCGGUACGAUGUACGUCAAAUACAUGGACAUCGAUUACUCCAUCGAGUCGUUAGAAUCUUUCUUCCACCACCUCUACGAGGAUCCCUCGGCCGACGAGAUCAUGAACAGGGUUAUCUCUAAGGCUGCGCCGGACAUUAUAGAGCUUACCAAACCGUCGUUGAAGCCCAUCUUCGGCGAUAUGCUUGCCCGAAAAGCAAACGAAACGGUGUCCAACUUGACCAUGGGAAGAAUACUCAGUAUCCUCACCGGAAGCGGAGAUUCCAACAGCCUGAACAUCGAGAUGUAACGAUUACGCUGCAGUUUUUAUUCUAUUAUUUAUUCGCCUGUUUCACGGAUAAAGGGUAACCCGAUUAGGUAUACAUGUUGAGUAAUAAAUUCGGUCAAUUUUUCACAA